GGAGGCCGUAGCCAUGGCGACGAAGAAGUUGGCCAGGCAGCUUGGCAUUAUCAGAAGAAUUUCUAAAACAUCACCCACUGGCCAAAGUCAUGGCAAACCCAAACUGAGGCAAUUGUUUGACUACUUAGUAAUUAUUGAUUUUGAGUCUACGUGCUGGAAAGAAGGCAGAAAAUGUUACACUCAAGAAAUCAUUGAAUUUCCAGCAGUUCUAUUAAACACCUUGAAUGGAGAGAUUGAAUCUGAAUUCCACAUGUACGUGCAGCCUCAGGAACAUCCCAUUCUCUCUGAAUUUUGCACUGAGCUAACUGGCAUAAAACAGAACCAAGUUGAUGAAGGCGUCCCUCUUCAUAUAUGCCUGUCUCAGUUUUCUAAAUGGAUUCAAAAGAUGCAGAAGGAAAAAAACAUUGUUUUCAGUUCAGGUCAUUCUUCGGAAGGAAAAUUGUGCGCUUUUGUUACAUGGUCAGACUGGGACCUGGGGGUGUGUUUGCAAUACGAGUGUAAAAGAAAGCAACUGAGAAAACCAGAUGUUUUAAACUCCUGGAUUGAUCUCCGGGCAACUUACAAGCUCUUUUACUGUCGGAAGCCACAUGGGCUAAACGGUGCUUUGCAGGAUGUGGGGAUCAUAUUUGCAGGACGGGAGCAUUCUGGGCUGGAUGACUCCCGGAAUACUGCCUGCCUUGCAUGGAAGAUGAUAUGCGAUGGGUGUGUGAUGAAAAUCACUAAAUCUUUGGAUAAGGCACCUCCUGCGAAGAAUUCCAUUGCCAGAUUUUUGUCUCCGAAACCUACUGAAGGAAGUCCUUUGGGGAGCAGCGAUGGUGCAGGAAUGUCAUGUCUGGACGAGAGCAAAAAUGCUGGAGUUACCACGGGAAUUAAAAACAAGAAGGAAAACCAACAGCAAGAGUUCACUCCUGUUCAUCUGCACAAAAACGCCCAUGUUCUGUCGAGUAAUGCCUCAAAGACUGAUGGAUAUAGUAGUGUCCAAAGCUGCUUGAUCGAAAGGCUCAAUUCCCCUCUUGGCUCUUUUCAGCCUUCGCAUAACUCUUUGGGCAUCCAGAGUGGGCUAAAUAACAGGCACCCAAUUUCCAGUUCUUCAGUGCAUAAUCCAGGACUGGUUUUAGUCUCAACCACUCUUUCCUCCGUCAGUAUUUCAGAUAUAGACAUAAGUACCACUCCAGAUUGUUUAUCAGCGCUGGCCAACUGGGAGGAUGUAGCUUUAAUACCAGCAUCGCAAGAUGAUGAAGGUUUGGGGUGUUUGCAGCAGGAUGAUGACACAAGCCAUAAGAGUUCAUUGACCGUUGAAGAGAGGAUGGAUCUGAAUAAGUCUCACAUGAUGAACUUGGGAUCUAAAAGUGUUGCGGAUGCUACUCUGAAUCUGGAACUCCCUAAGUCUGUUGUGUACAAAAGCCCCAGCACUACGAUUUACAACGUUGGCAUAGCCCCAAAUAAGUUCUCAGAUACUUCUGCGUUUAAGCUCCCCGCUGCAAAAGCAAGUGCUGCUUCCAUUGAUGUGUCAAAUGGAAACCCUUUCAGAUUGUCAUCUGAAGCUCAUAAAAGGAAGCCUUCCAGUCCAAAAUCAGUUCCUCCAGCAAAGAAACCACCCUUUAUAGUUUAUGAAGACAAAGGCGCAACGCCUAGUACCUCCCAGCUAGUCAGGAGGCUGGGUUCCUACCGCGUCCCUUCUGGCAUCUUAAACUCCUCAGUCAACUUAAACCAGCCUUUAAAGGCUGCAGAGACUGGGAGAGUGACCCCUCCUCUGUGCAGAUGCGGUCGAAGGGCCAGAAGGCUAAAUGUUUCAAAUGGUGGUCCGAAUCAUGGCAAAGCGUUCUAUAGCUGCCCAGUUGGAAAGCAGGCGGGGAAUAGAAAGGGCUGCGGUUAUUUCAUAUGGGAGCAUGCUCUUCAAAAGGAGAAGCUCACACUCCCUCCCUCCAGUGCUCUGGGGCUGCCAUGUACUGGGCGCAGUUUCAGUUCAUCAGGAAAUUCUGAAAAGAAGACCCUCAUUCUCCGACCUUCUAUGCGAACCUAGCCAAGGACUACCUCCUUGACCUUCUUCCUGGAGAAAAAUGUCUCACACCGUCACAAAUGAAAGAGGCUAUUAGCUUUGUUUCCCCAUCUUAGAAUAUUCUUUCAAAUUGUGCUGCAAAUGGGCUGUCUAUAAGCUUCUAAAGUGAGAAGUAAAAGGAUGGGCGUCCCUGAAAGGAUUUUGACAGUAUUGCUGAGGAUAAACCAAAUGCGGAUCAGUAGGUGGCCUUGCCUUUUAAAGUUAUCCUGCUUUUUC